GCAGACCGUCGCUGGGUGGGGACAGGCGGAAGUGUGGCGUCUCAGCGGAGCUCAGAGCAGCAGCGACUCUCUCUCUCUCUCUCUCUGUGUGUGUGUGUCUCUCUCUCUCUCUCCCCCUCCCAUCAUGCCGGCUUACCAUUCCACCUUAAAUGACUCUUCAGCGAAACUAGUUGGAAACAUCGCUCUGUUGCCACUUAGGACACAGUUUAAAGGACCGGCUCCCAAAGAGACCAAAGACAAUGACAUCAUUGAUGAAGCAAUCUACUUUUUUAAAGCAAAUGUAUUCUUCAAAAACUAUGAAAUAAAGAAUGAAGCUGACCGAACCAUGAUCUACAUCACCCUUUACAUUACUGAAUGCCUCAAAAAACUUCAGAAGUGCAACUCAAAAGGUCAAGGGGAGAAAGAAAUGUACACCUUGGGGAUAACUAGCUUUCCCAUCCCGGGGGAGCCUGGAUUCCCUCUCAACGCCAUGUACGCCAAACCCGCAAACAGACAGGAAGACGAUUUGAUGAGGAGCUACUUACAGCAGCUCAGACAGGAGACUGGCCUGAGACUGUGCGAGAAGGUGUUUGACCCCCAGACUGAUAAACCUAGCAAGUGGUGGAUGUGCUUUGCGAAGAAACAGUUCAUGAACAAGAGCCUGUCAGCACCCGGGCAAUAAACCUCUCAGUGGGGAAUAUCUCGACGUGAUCAGUUGCAGGGAGGAAUUGUACCCAAAUGAAUUCACCUGCAGCGAGAUGUACAAAGUGUUUUUUUUUUGUCUCGCCUUGGCCUUGUUCUGAAUGAUUUUAUACAGGGGUGGGGUGGGGGUUGUUGAAUAAAAGUACAUGGCUCACAUGGAUGAGGUGGCUUUAUUUCAAAACGAUCGGUGUUCAAUAUGCUUAGUCCAGAUGUUUUUCAUCUGGGCCUUGUACAUUUGUUUUGCAACAUCAGAUGAUUGAAACAGGACACAAAGCAAGCAAACCUGCUGGUCAGAAUAUUUCAAAGCUGAUUCAGUUGUGUCUCCCCACAUUACAUACAAGUCAUAAAUGGCCCCCUGCCCCCCCCCCCCCCCCCGAACAAACACAGUUUGCUGCUUCGUACAAGUGUGAUAGUAUUAAAAAUCAAAGUGUGCUGGUAUUUUUUUCUCAAGGAUAAGGUCUGAAUAAUACUGCGUGCAAUUUAAUCUGAUCCCUCUUCCUGCUGUCUUAACACCUUGUAGCCAACCACAAUAUUAUGUUGAGGUUUAAUUCCAGUAAAGAGGAGGGGGGGGCUUUGAGCAGGACUUUGUCGGUUCAUUUCUCUUGUGUGAACUUUGCUCAAAAUUAACCUUGUGUCUCUUUAUUAAUAAUAAUAAAAAACUAAACUGGCAA